GCCGGUUGCAAUCCAGCGUAGAUAUACGUGCAAUUACUCUGUCAAGAGUGCUUAAAUCCGUGUGUUGCUCAUGCCGCGUGGGAUGUCCUCCAUUCUUGACCUAUCAUCCAUUAAUCUAAAUAAUUUAUCCAAAAUAUGAGGCUUUAAAGACUCGAAAAAAGUUGUUCUUACAAUAAAUAAGAAUUCCGCCUUUCCGACUGGAGAACAAUUCAAAUCCUUGGCGGUUCACAGCCAAACCGCCCUUGGUGGCGAUUAAACAGGAUUAAUUGUAUGACAGUUGAUAGUUUUUGUGGAGUGGUGUGUUUUUUGGAUGACUUGAAGAUUUUUCGAUUAUUUUUCGAGUCGUGUGUGCAAUACCGGCUCGAUGAAGCCCGACUUUGGUGAGUUGUGGAAUUUGUGCAAAGAAAGUAGUGGACUGUUGGUGUGAUUUCUGGUGAAGUGAAAAGUGAAUAAUAAGGAAAACUGAAGGGGCGAAAUGGCGAAGUUAAAAAUGACGCACCACCUGUGGCUAAAACUUGCCUUUGUUUUUGCAGCAAUAAUAGGUGCAAGGUGUCUGAAGAACGUCAGCUUGGAAGUGAUUCCUCGGGCGGUGGAAAAUGGUCAUGAGGCCAAACUACGGUGUCAUUAUAACCUCGAGAAUGCACCUCUUUACUCAGUUAAGUGGUACCGAGGAAAUCACGAGUUCUACAGGUACCAACCUACUCUACAGCCAACGAUGAAGGUGUUCAACAUUCCAUUUAUAGAAGUUGAUCCUACUACCUCCAAUGAGAGUCAAGUGGUGAUCCGGAACGUCAGCUUCACUUUGAGUGGCAACUUCAGCUGCGAGGUCACCGCCGACGCACCAUCAUUCUCCACUGUAACUGUAGCAAAGAAGCUUAUCGUAGUGUCUCUACCCAAGGGUAAGCCUGUUAUCGCAUCGGAACGCGAUCGUUACGACCCUGGGGAUACCCUGAAAGCAAAUUGCAGUUCGCCACCCUCCCAGCCGCCAACCAGCCUCUCUUUCAAGCUCAACAAUCGACCGAUCACUUCAAAGCAGCUGGAUAUUCGAAAAGGAACCUACAACGGAGAUGAAAGUCGACAAUGGAUCGAAGUCUCCUUGAAAAUUCGUACGACUCAUUACGUUGAUGGCCAGUUAACUUUACGAUGUGUAGCAGAAAUUGCUGACAUUUAUAAAGAAUACAGCGAAGUUCAAUUGGGAAUUGGUCUUCGAGAUCCUGUUCCUGAAAGAGGAAAAAAUAAGCUUUCUGUGGAUACGAGCAGAUUACUUGAAGUGACAUCGGAGAACAGUCGUGCCUGCUGUCCAACUGCUGCCCUCCUCCUGGGUUGCCUCGUCUCCAUCCAUCUAUUGCUGAGAUAGUUAGGACAUGCCUGAUUGCAAACCUCAAGCAAUUCAUGUCUGAAAGGUCGCUAGUCAAGAAGCUUAAAGCAAAGGAAGAAUACGAAAACUAAGCCUAAGGAACUGAAACUAACAGGGCCGCAGUGAUGAAGUAUUGUUGAUCGACAUGAAAUUACCGUGGUUUUUAUAAAUAAAUAAAUAUAUAUAUUGAUUUAUAUUUAAUGAAACGCAGUGAAGAGAUAUAGAGGACGUACUCACGUACUUCGUGCUUAUGUAUGUUCUCACUCAUUGUUAAUAUGGUUACAAGAUAAAAGGACAAAGUGCAUUGCCUCAUUGUUGUGCUUUUGAACUGAUAAAUUAUUGAACAGACAAAGUGUUGAACAAUCAAAGGCUGUAAGUGUAGGGAAGUGUUGUGAUUUAAAGAAAAGAAGAAAAAAGUCGUUACCGCGUUACUAGCGUCGCCAGAGGGUGUGUUUACAAGGCGACUCUUGUAAUCUAAGAAAACCUCCAUAACUAGACCGUAGUUAAUCCUAAGAUUUAAAAAAAGUGGCACACUGCCAUCAGUGAUCGUGAGGGAGAUUCGAGCGAGACUCAAUCAAAAGCGUUACAACCUCAGCCGAUUUUAUGUCUAUACUAGCGUGUAAGGAUAAAAUGACUGGGAAUCGCUUCAGAGGACGCCAUCUGACUUCGGGUGGACCCUUCCGGUUUUCUUUUUGAGGACUAGAUGUGCGGACAGAAAGGAAACCAUUAAAGGAGAGGAGAAAAUUCUUUUCCGGAUUUAUCUGACUAAAUUUGGUCCAAGAACACUGGCUAUGUGAAUCUGUCGUCGUUAUUAUUCCUGCACAUACCUAUCCACAUUCACUAUUCUUGUGGUAUGUGCAUCGCCCAUUGUCCAGGCGAAGUGGCAAUUCAACCCAGUUGUAAGCAACGAAUCCAAAUGUGUCGCGUUCCCAGGAACCGCCAAAGAAAAUACGUUAAAAUAAGUUUAUUCUUUUUCUUUUCCUAUCUGCAUUUUUCAUUCUUAGAGCGAGAAUGGCAUACUGUUAAAUACUGGCCUACGUUUUUCAAAUUAUGUUUACAAAUGUUUUUUUGAAAACUUGAUGAUGCACACUGGUGUAGGAGAUUCUUUUUACGACUGUUAGGCGAAAGUUGUAAAUUAUUGGCGAAGCCUUACUUAAGAUGAGUGGAAGAAAGUUGUCAAUUUUAUGAAAAGGUUUAGUACAGGUCGACCUGGCCCCUAUUUUCUUAUUUCAUAUGCUUGUACUUUGGUUGCUGUUUUCACUUGCCAAAGCAAAUUAUGAAUAUUUUGAUUAAAUAUCAGAAACC